AUGAAGCUCGUAGCUGUUAGAUCUACUGCUGAUGUCAUGUCAGUCCAACAGAUCCGUCUCUGUGAUCUCUUCCCCGAGAUGAGGCCUCUGUGGAGGGGCGGCUCCUGUGGAAGGGCUAUGAUUAUGCCUUCACCCCCCUCCCUCAGCAGGCCGUGGGUUUGGAUGGUGGUGGUGGUCAUAUGGCUCCCCGGUGCUCUGGAGAAGUGUAUCUUUGAUGAGGUUCAGCAGUCGGUCACAGUGGUCACCGCACCCACGGAUCCAGACGGACCUCACCCUAAAACGACGGCCAGUAACAAUGUUGGGCAUCAGACUCGACUUACUGCUUCAGAGGACACACUGGCUCCACCCACAAACCAUCCACAGCCAAUCAGGAUCCACACCUGGGUUCCGAGGGAUAGCCCCGCCCUGUCUCAGGUGGAAAGCGAGAGACUGGAGCCAGCAGUCAGAGAGGCUGUGGGCAUCGUGUCCAACUUGCUGUCAGUAAACAGAGUCCCUGGUCAUCUGCUGCUCAGCAGAAACAUCAACAAGUACUGCAAGUUCAUAUGGCGGAACACCAGCGCUGCCAACUAUAACAAGUGUGGCCGAGCCAAUGAGAACUACAGGACGGAGACCUGUCUGGAUGUCAUUAUCCCAGAUGAUCACCUGAGGGGUUGUUCCGUGUACUCAGAGCCUGAUGCACCAACCAUGACUGUGAUAAGGCCUGAGGGGGCGGGACUUCCUGACACUGACUUCCUACUUUACCUCCACGCGCAGAGCACCGACAAGUGUCGAGCGGAGCCCAGUGUGUUGGCCUAUGCAGUGCACUGCCAGACUGACUCCCAGGGUCGACCUCUGGCUGGAGUGGUGGUCAUCUGUAGGGACAGACUGACUGGGGAGGGAUAUAGCCACCAAGGCACUGUGCAGACAGUGAUCCAUGAGUUGUUCCAUGCAUUUGGUUUCUCCAAAGAACUCUUCAGCACCUGGAGAGACUGCUCCUACUCACAACAUGAGACAGGUCAGGUCAGGAUCUACACCCAAUCAGUGAUCAGAGCCCUGCAGGAACACCUGUCAUCUACUGACCCUGACCUGGGAGGACCACUGGAGAACCUGGAUGUAGGUUCUAGUGGUCUGUCCUCUCACUGGGAGUCCAGGGUGCUACAGGGUUCCAUCAUGGCUGCAGCCCUGGGGGAUCCAGCUGUGGUGCGUGUCGACCCGGUCACCCUGGCCGCCCUACAGGACACGGGCUGGUACUCUGUCAACCACAGCCGAGCACAGGGCCUGGUGUGGGGAAAGGGUGAGGGAGCAAUGUUUGGAUUACUGUCCACCUGCCAUGACAACUCCUCCUCAUUUUUCUGCACAGGCAGUGGUUUAGGGUGUCAUUAUCUUCACCGCCACAAGGGGGAGUGCCAGACUGACGCUCACCUGGAUGGGUGCCGCAUUUACAAACCUCUAAUGAGUGAGUGCUGGAAAGAGGAGAAUGAGAGAGAGACUGAAACAGAGUGGAGUGGAGAGUUGUACCGUAUAGACAGCCGAUGCUUCUUCUCUAACCUGAGCAGAGAGAAUGUCUCCCUGUCCGUCAGUGACUCUGUGGUGGGGCGUUGUUAUAGACACAGGUGUACUGGGCUGAACCGGUAUCAGAUACAGGUGUCUGGCUCUGAAUGGUUGGACUGCCCAGUAGGAAGCACCAUUGAGGUGACAGGUUACAUGGGGCUAGUUGCAUGUCCUGACAAGAGGUUGUGUUAUUACCCUGACAUUGGUCUCUCCAUCGACAACCAGGACCCCCACUCUCCAGCUGCCUCUACUAAAGGCACAGUGACUACUGAGAACGAUCCCCUGUUACAUCAGAACACAAUCCCUGACCCGAGCCUGACCUUUGACCCUGCCCCUACUUGUGCAGAACCAGGGGUCAGUACAGACACCACGUUGGCUGCAGUCCUGGGGGUCAGUGCUGCUGUCUGUCUCCUGGCUGCCCUGAUGGUGGCCUACAGGAGGUCCCGCUCCUCCAGAGUCAGGGUGCAUGCUGCCCCUGAGGCCCCCAGUGUUCUACAGUUGCACUCGACCCAAAGUGAUUCAAAUAACUGCUAAUGGAAACUGGGUGUCCAUUAUAGCACAGUCUUGUGCACUGGUGUAAAUGGUUACUUAAUCAAGUAGGUGGUGUUUGUACAUUAUUUAUCAGAGGGGGAAAUUGACUAUUUGUUAAGUGUUGAACUGUACAAAUGAAAAAAGUACACUAGAGUAAAGAGCAAUGCGACACUGGGGUGUUCUAAUUGUCCCAUGGGAUUUAGCUUUAACACUAUGUUAACCUGUAAUAACAAUGAAUUAUGUGAGCGUUUUCUGUGUCUUAUCCCUGUGGUAUACAUUUUACUCAUACAAAUUGACAUAUAAAAUGUAAAUCUGCACUAUUUAUUUGUUAUACAGAUCUGUUGCCAUGGUGAUGU